AUGUCUGAAGUCAUAAUGGAAACGAAGCUUCACACAGACCGCGCUAGGGGGUUUGGACCAGGAACCGGAAUCCCGGACAGACCUACUUACACACGGAUGGCUCGUAAACAUUUGAGUAUUGAGACUUUAAACAGAUACGCAGUACCUCACUUCAUAGACAAGGCUAAUCCAGAUUACCUUAUCAUCAAACGGUGGGUCCCCGAAUAUGAGCAAGACAUGCUAUGGGCCGAUACGAAGAAGCUUCGGGAGGAUCGGAACAAUCGGUUGCCUGUGGAGUUCAACAAAACACCUUCAGAAGCUGAAUCUGAAUCAGAAAAGAUAGCGAAGAGAUCGCUGCUUCGCAAGCUCAUGAGGAAAGCGAAAAAAAAGAAAAAGGCUUCCCCAGAUUUUCUCAACUCACCUGGCGUAAUUAACUUCGUCGCUACAGAAGAAGAUUCGCCUGAAACAAGUACAGUGAGCAACGCUUCUAGCUUAAGCGUCGAUGAAGAGGAAGAUAAUGCAGAGGUCAAAGACGUAUUACGGGGAACCUCAAAAUUAAGAUUCGCCUUCAAAGACCUCAAAGAAAAGCUAAAAGAACAGUCGAGCCACAUUACCAGAAACGGUUUCCCAUCUUCCAGAGAUGGCAAUGUUGAGACAACUCAUGCUAAUGAAACAAUCAUAGCCUGUGAACAUAUAGAAGAUUACCAUCCGACCGGGAGCCUCCAGUAUAAGAGGGCAGAACUUGGCCGAACCCCAGCCGAUUUGGAAGAUAAACUGAUAAAGAUUCCACGAGUGGCCGGAAAAUCUAAGGCCAAGGGUCCCCAAGUCGAAGAUAAUGCAAGAAGCAGUGUAGAAAACAUGGAGGCACGCCCGGAACCGAUCAGGGAGAUUGGUAGAGAGAACCUUGUGGUUCAAACCACGAAAGCCCUGGACCAAGCGACUCAUACAUCAACAAAGCAUGAAGGAAAGCCCCGGGAAAAAAUACCUACUGUUUCGCCAGUACUGAAAUUUCUUUCGGGGAAGCCGGAGCCGUCAAGCUCGGGACGCGCGGAUGCAGAUAAAGAGUCUACCAUAUUUGGUCCUCGGGCUCAACACCCCGAAAUCAAAGAUCCAAAGAACAAACAUGACAAGGCAGCUGGAAAGAUGAAUCAAACACCAAAAGCGAUUACGGCAGGCCCUCCGAAUCGAAUGACGGCGGACCUUUUGAACGAACACCUUAUCAAGGGGUAUUUGCUGCCAGCCAACAAGGUCGGAGGCAUUCCCUCUCUCCAACCCCAGCAUACGGUGAUAAGCUGCAGUCCACAGCGAUGGCAUUCUUGGCUGGAAGAUUCAGGCGCUGUGUCCCACGUCACCGAGGAGCAGAAAAUUCGCCUACCUAAAUUACAAGAUGAUCCCUUAGACGUCCAUCAAAUAAUCUUAAAACAUCUACAAAGAUCAGCACGAAAGCCUGUCACUACUGCAUAUGAUCUCGCAGGUAUUAUCGCACAAUCUUGUGCGAAUGUUUUCGAUCAACAUCAAGUCCCGAAUGAGUUUCAAUUCUUUGACUUUUUCGAGCGGUCCAUUGGAACAGUAAUUGAGGGCGAGGUUCAGUGUUUCCACAGCUUUACCACGAACUUGGCAAAGCUUACUGUUGCAGACGAGAGACCGAUUACGUUCUUUGAUAUCUCCAAAGAAACGAAAUUGUUAGUGGAGAUUAAGGAUAUCCGUGAUGAAUUAAGUAUAUUACAGAUGAUACUAAAUGACCAAGCAUCAACUAUGCGAGACCUGGCUCAAGCGAUCCUGAAGAGUAGCGUUGGUGAAGACAUAAAGGGACACGAUUCAGAUUUCAAACUGAACAGAGUGCUAGAAAACCAUCUGUACCGCAUCGCAAAAAUGGAGGCGCUGGCAGAGAAGACAUAUGAUUCUCUUAACCAUCUUCUCAAUCUCAAGCAGAAGGAAGCCAGCAUUUCCGAAGCUCUCUCUGCCCGCAAGCAAGCAGAACACACAUCACGACAAGCGGCGGAAGCGACCCGCCAAGCUGAGCUCACAGCUGAACAAGCCAGACUUGGUGCUAUCGAAGCCGCAGAAGCAACGAGACAAGGGAAGACAGUAUUGGUAUUCACUGUCCUCCCACUUUCGUUUAUGGCUGCGUUCUUCGCAAUUAACAUUGAAACGUUCCCUGUGAACAGCGACGGGAAGCUUUCACUGGGUUAUGUACUUAAAUAUAUGCUUAGCAUUUCCGGUGCUACAUCUAUCCCCUUCAUUUUGGUAGCGUUUAAUCAGGAUCGAAUUGGCAGAUGGAUAAAAGCUAACUGA